UUACUGACAUUGAGCUCUAUCAGUGGGAUAAGACGUUUACUGACAUUGAGCUCUAUCAGUAGUAUAAGACGUUUACUGACAUUGAGCUCUAUCAGUAGUAUAAGACAUUUACUGACACUGAACUCUAUCAGUAGUAUAAGACGUUUACUGACAUUGAGUUCUAUCAGUAGUAUAAGACGUUUACUGACACUGGGCUCUAUCAGUAUUAUAAGACGUUUACUGACAUUGAGCUCUAUCAGUAGUAUAAGACGUUUACUGACACUGAGCUCUAUCAGUAUUAUAAGACCUUUACUGACAUUGAGCUCUAUCAGUAGUAUAAGACGUUUACUGACAUUGAGCUCUAUCAGUAGUAUAAGACGUUUACUGACAUUGAGUUCUAUCAGUGGGAUAAGAUGUUUACUGACAUUGAGUUCUAUCAGUAGUAUAAGACGUUUACUGACAUUAAGCUCUAUCAGUGGGAUAAGACGUUUACUGACACUGAGCUCUAUCAGUAGUAUAAGGCGUUUACUGACAUUGAGUUCUAUCAGUAGUAUAAGACGUUUACUGACAUUGAGUUCUAUCAGUGGGAUAAGGCGUUUACUGACAUUGAGCUCUAUCAGUAGUAUAAGGCGUUUACUGACAUUGAGUUCUAUCAGUAGUAUAAGGCGUUUACUGACAUUGAGCUCUAUCAGUAGCAUAAGGCGUUUACUGACAUUGAGCUCUAUCAGUAGUAUAAGACGUUUACUGACAUUGAGUUCUAUCAGUAGUAUAAGACGUUUACUGACAUUGAGUUCUAUCAGUAGUAUAAGGCGUUUACUGACAUUGAGUUCUAUCAGUAGUAUAAGGCGUUUACUGACAUUGAGCUCUAUCAGUGGGAUAAGGCGUUUACUGACAUUGAGCUCUAUCAGUAGUAUAAGGCGUUUACUGACAUUGAGUUCUAUCAGUAGUAUAAGACGUUUACUGACAUUGAGCUCUAUCAGUAGUAUAAGGCGUUUACUGACAUUG